AUGGCUCCGAUUGCUGUCGCCGAUGUUAUACCAAACGGAACCAUCUCCUUCUUCGACGAGAAUGAUCAGCUCCAGACUGUUUCCGUCCACUCUCUCGCCGCCGGUAAGAAGGUCAUCCUCUUCGGUGUCCCUGGUGCUUUCACUCCCACAUGCAGCAUGCAGCAUGUGCCUGGAUUCAUUGAGAAAGCAGAGGAGCUGAAAUCAAAGGGUGUUGAUGAGAUCAUUUGCGUUAGCGUGAACGAUCCAUUUGUGAUGAAGGCAUGGGGAAAGACAUACCCAGAGAACAAGCAUGUGAAGUUUGUGGCAGAUGGUUCAGGUGAAUACACACAUCUUCUUGGACUUGAGCUUGAUUUGAAGGACAAGGGUCUUGGUGUUAGGUCAAGGAGGUUUGCUCUGUUGAUCGAUAACCUCAAGGUGACUGUCGCUAACGUCGAGUCCGGUGGCGAGUUCACAGUUUCGAGCGCCGAUGAUAUCAUCAAGUCUCUUUGA